AUGGCUGCCUUGGAGUUGUCUGCCGUGUCGUCGCGUUUGACCACCGUGGAGGCUACCGGCAUCGUCCAGAAGAACACUCCCGCUAACACCAAAGCCGCAUUCUUCGGCGCUUCCAUUCGCCACACUUCCAACGCGGCAUCUCGACGCCGCUCGCAAGCCGUGCGCGCGGAGGCGCCCGCGGAAGGUGCCAAGGCGAACGUCGCGAGCCGCCCCGCCGUGUCGCAGGAUGCGGACUUGGCGCUGCAGAGCCAGCGCGUGAGCAGCGGCAAGUCGCUCGUGCCGCCCACGCCUAAAAACUUUGUGUCGCGCUACGGCGACAACGAGCCGCGCAAGGGCUGCGACAUUCUCGUGGAGGCCCUCGAGAGGGAGGGCGUGCGGACUCUCUUCGCUUACCCUGGCGGCGCGUCCCUCGAGAUUCAUCAGGCGCUGACGCGGUCGCCGAACAUCCGCACGAUCCUGUGCCGACACGAGCAGGGCGAGGUGUUCGCCGCCGAGGGAUACGCCAAGGUCUCGGGCCGCGUCGGCGUGUGCAUCGCGACGUCUGGGCCCGGCGCGACGAACCUCGUGACGGGAUUGGCCGACGCGAUGCUCGACUCCGUGCCGCUCGUCGCGAUUACCGGCCAGGUGCCUCGGCCGUUUAUCGGGACGGACGCGUUCCAGGAGACGCCGAUCGUGGAGGUGACGCGGUCCAUCACGAAGCACAACUACCUCGUCAUGGACGUCGAUGAUAUCCCGCGCAUCGUGCGUGAGGCGUUCUUCCUGGCGGCGUCCGGCCGGCCCGGCCCCGUGCUGAUCGACGUGCCCAAGGACGUGCAGCAGACGCUCGCCGUGCCGUCCUGGAACCAGCCCAUGCGCCUCAACGCCUACCUCUCGCGCCUGCCGCCGCCGCCGCAGCGCGCGCAGGUGGACCAGAUCAUCCGCCUGCUGCGCUCCGCCAAGCGCCCCGUCGUCUACCUCGGCGGCGGCUGCCUGCACGCCGCGGACGAGAUCCGCGAAUUCGCGCGCCUCGCGGGAGUCCCGGUGGUUUCCACCCUCAUGGGGCUCGGCGUGUACGAUCAGUCAGCGCCGGAUGCGCUGCACAUGCUGGGCAUGCACGGCACGGUGUACGCCAACUAUGCUGUCGACGCGUCGGACCUGCUGCUCGCCUUCGGCGUGCGCUUCGACGACCGCGUCACCGGCAAGCUCGAUGCGUUCGCAGCGCGCGCGAGUAUAGUGCACAUCGACAUCGACCCGGCGGAGAUCGGGAAGAACAAGGAGGCGCACGUGAGCAUGCACGCGGACACGCGCCCCGCGCUCGCGCUGCUCAACGCCGCCAUCAAGGAGGAGGUGGCGGACGGCCGCCCGCUGCCGUCGUACGCGGAGUGGCGCGACGAGUGCAUGGCGCAGAAGGAGAAGUGGCCGCUCAAGUACCCCCAGGUGGAGGAGGCGAUUCUUCCCCAGGAGGCGAUUGAGAUGCUGUACGAGAUCACCAAGGGCGAGGCCGUGAUCGCCACAGGAGUCGGGCAGCACCAGAUGUGGGCGGCGCAGUUCUUCAAGUACCAGCAGCCGCGCCGCUGGAUCACCUCGGGCGGGCUGGGCUCCAUGGGCUUCGGCCUGCCCUCCGCCCUGGGCGCUAUUGCCAGCGAGCCGGGGCUCCCCGUGAUUGAUAUUGAUGGCGAUGGGUCGUUUAUCAUGAAUGUUCAGGAGCUUGCGACGAUUACUGCCGAGAAGCUGCCGGUGAAGAUCAUGAUUUUGAAUAACCAGCACCUGGGGAUGGUGGUGCAGUGGGAGGAUCGGUUCUACAAGGCCAACCGCGCGCACACCUUCCUGGGUCUCCCAGACAACGAGGACGAGAUCUUCCCCGACUUCACCAAAUUCGCUGCCGCCUGCAAGGUGCCUUCGGAGCGCGUCACACGCAAGGCGGACCUGCGAGGAGCCAUUGAGAGGAUGCUGGCAGCUGAAGGGCCGUACCUGCUGGAUAUUAUUGUGCCGCACCAAGAGCACGUGCUGCCCAUGAUUCCGGGCGGCAGGACUUUCAAGGAUAUUAUCACGGACGGCGAUGGCCGGCAAGCGUAUUGA